ACAAGUGGCAUGGAGACACGGCACGGCGAUGGACACGAAGAGAAGAUUUUUGUCUCUGUGAGGGUGAGGCCUUUGAAUGAGAAAGAGAUCGCGAGGAAUGAAUCUUGUGAUUGGGAAUGCGUAAACAACAACACGAUCAUAUGCAAGAAUAAUCCAGUUGAACGAUCAACAUACCCAACUGCCUACACAUUUGACCGAGUAUAUGGAUCUGACAGUACAACAAGGCAAGUAUACGAAGAGGGAGCCAAAAGAGUUGCUCUUUCAGCUCUCAAUGGCAUUAACUCAAGUAUAUUCGCAUACGGGCAGACAAGUAGUGGGAAGACAUACACCAUGUCUGGAAUCACUCAAUAUGCGUUAUCAGAUAUAUUUGACCAAAUUAACAAUCAACAUGACAGAGAAUUCGUGUUGAAAUUUUCUGCCAUAGAAAUCUACAACGAAUGUGUUCGAGACCUUCUUAGCACAGAUAGGACUCCCCUUAGACUCCUCGAUGAUCCAGAGAAAGGGACAGUUAUAGAUAAACUUACAGAAGUCCGUUUGAAGGACUGGAUCCAUCUAAUGGAACUCCUAGCUCACUGUGAAGCUCAAAGACAAAUUGGGGAGACAUCCUUGAAUGAAGUGAGCUCCAGAUCUCAUCAGAUUAUUCGACUGACAAUUGAAAGUACUCCAACUGAAUUCUCAGGGAUUGAGAAUGCAAGCACUCUUACUGCUUCUGUGAAUUUUGUGGAUCUAGCAGGAAGUGAACGUGCUUCUCAAACGUUAUCUGCUGGUACACGGCUGAAAGAAGGCUGCCACAUAAAUCGCAGUUUACUAACACUAGGAACCGUUAUCCGCAAACUCAGCAAAGGAAGAAACGGACAUAUUCCUUACAGAGACUCCAAGCUCACACGUAUCCUACAGAACUCUCUUGGCGGUAACGCAAGAACUGCCAUAAUAUGCACCUUGAGCCCAGCACGGACUCAUGUUGAGCAGUCAAGAAACACCCUUCUGUUUGCAGUCUGUGCCAAGGAGGUCAGGACCAGUGCCCAGGUCAAUGUAGUCAUGUCAGAGAAGGCAUUGGUGAAGCAGUUGCAACAAGAAAUGGCUAGAUUGCAAAGUGAGUUGAAGCAUAUGUCUGCCACAAAUGAUUCUGAGGCCAUAAUCAGAGAAAAGGAGCUUCAAAUAGAAAAGAUGGAACAAGAGAUGGAAGGGUUGGCUCGGGAACGCGAUCUUGCUCGAGCUCGCCUUGAGGAAAUAUUACGAGCAGCUGGAGUCGAUCAAAACUUACUGCCAUGGGCGGAAUCUGGCCACCUACGUGCUAGUUCAUGGGAUGGACGCUCUGAAUCAGACAGAUCUGAGAUUGUGGUUAACAAUCGUCUUCGCUCCCAGCUUUCACUCAACACAUAUAGUUAUCCAGACAAGAAUGAACUACAGAUUCCAGAUGAUGACCCUUACUUUUUUGAUAAUAUCUCCCCAAGUGAGUUCAUGAAUCAAUAUUUCGCACCAGACCCAAUUCAGGGAAUGGAGGAGACUGCUCAACCCAUGCAAUCGAUCAAGAAAGAUCAGAUAGAUGAUACCCAAGAUCAAGGGCAAAAUUCCAACUACAUGGAAUCUCCUCGUUCAUCAGUCACAUCUGUAUCCUAUUCAAGAAAACCCAUCACAUCUGUAUCCUAUUCAAGAAAACCCAGUUUAAAAAGAACAGAUGAUGCCCAUGAUCAAGACCAGUACAUGGAAUCCCCUCGAUCAUCUGUCACAGAAGACGUGUCUUAUUCAAGAACCACCAGUUUAAAAAGAAGCACAAGUUGCGGCACGAUUAUUGAAGGCGACUCAGCUGUAUCUGAAAAGAAUGUGGUGGUUGAGUCAAGAUCCGAAGGGGAUAUCAUAAGAUUAUGCCGACAAGCCUCUCAGAAGUCUGCCACAAGUGUCGAUGAGGAUAAAAUGCAGCAGACAGAAGGAGAUAUGUUUGUCUACUCUCCAUCUAGAACACUCCAAAAAGCUACACCUAAAGCCAUUGAGGCUGCAAACAACAGUUUCAAUUCCGAUGAAGACUGGUCUUUGGUAUUUGAGAAGCAAAGGAGGAAGAUCAUUGAACUUUGGGAUGAAUGCAACAUACCAUUGCUGCACAGGACCUACUUUUUCUUGCUCAUCACAGGCGAGCCAUCGGACUCUGUCUAUGUUGAGGUGGAACUUAGACGACUAUCCUUCCUCAAGCAAACAGCAGAUCGUUCUGCAAGUGGAAGGGCACUGAACCUUGAGAGGGCGAUGCUGGCCAGGAAACUUUUGAAGAAAUUCUCACCGAAGGAAAGAGACGAAUUGUUUGAGAAAUGGGGCAUUGAUUUGGAGUCCAGAAACAGGAGGGUGCAACUGUCUCAACUGUUGUGGACAAAAACAGAUGAUAUAGAGCAUGCAAGGGACAGUGCUGAGAUUGUUGCAAAGCUGGUUGGGCUCAGUGAACCAUACAAUGCACCAAAGGAAUUGUUUGCAUUGAGCUUUUCUCCCAAGCACGAAUCACACAGCAUUUUCUCCAGCUGGAUCCCCAUGCUUAGAUACUAGGUAACCAAUCAUCUUACUAUACUUGACA